CCUUGGCCUUGUCUGCCAUUGAAACCAUCGUCAUAACCUGUUCCCUCUCCCUCUCUCACCCCUCUCCCCUCUCUCUCACAGAGACGCACUUUCUCUCUCUUUGACCAAAAUCCCUCCCAUGCCGUUUCUGGAUUCAGAUAACUCAAAAAUCUAACGAAUUGUAAUCGGAGUACGAGUACGCGCAAACACAGCAAUCAACGACGGCAAUGUCACUGCCAUCUCAACACCUCUUCACAAACUCACCUCCCGCUCGCAUCCCGCUGCACAUCAAAACUCCGAUUACUCUCGUUCCUCGAACACUCUCCAGUCAUCUCAUCACCGCUUCGCAUUUUCAAAAUUUACCCCUGAGGCCCCGAAUUUCUUUCACUUACAUCCUCGUCUCGCUCAAGACCCGCCACUCUCGUCUCCAUGCAUAUGAGUCCGACACUAUCUUACAACCAAAUCCCAACUCCAACGAUUUCAAUUUGGAUUCUUUUCUCUCAAUCGCCGAGUUUUUGUGCCUUGCGUCAUCCGUGAUUGUUUCAAUCGGUUUUGCCAUAAAUAGUGCAUUCCCGGGAUCGAAAGCGACAUUUCUUGGGGCGCUAGGAAAUGGGGCUUUUGCAUGGGGAGUGGCGGCCUUGGCGGGUGGGGUGGCGAUUGGGGCAUGGAUAAGGACGCGGCAAUGGCGGAUGGUUUGCAAGGAGACGGUUAGAGGAGGAGGACCGAGUGUGAAUUUGGUGGAUAGGAUUGAGAAGUUGGAAGAGGAUCUGAGGCGCUCUGCAACAAUUAUUCGGGUUUUGUCUAGGCAGCUUGAGAAACUGGGGAUUCGAUUUCGGGUCACUAGGAAGUCUUUAAAGGAGCCGAUAGCUCAGACUGCAGCUUUGGCGCAAAAGAACUCAGAGGCCACUCGAGCAUUAGCAGCGCAAGAAGACUUACUGGAAAAGGAGCUCGGUGAAAUUCAAAAGGUGUUACUUGCAAUGCAGGAGCAACAGCGAAAACAACUAGAAUUGAUCCUUGCAAUUGGAAAGACUAAUAAGCUAUGGGACAAUAGGGAAGAAGCCACUCGGGAAGAGGAUAGGGUUAACUCAUUUAAAUUGAAGGAGGGGGAGAAACAAAUGGACUUUGGCAAUACUCACUUUUCUAAUGCAAGCAUGGGAGCUGCCAAUGACAGAGCCUAGGACUUUGUUGCCGCAAUGUCUGAUCUGAGUUUUCCGUCUCAACUACCUGGCAACAUCGGAUUGCCUUAUCUUUUGUUCCACAAAGUGAUGGUGGCUUUUGUCACUCUGACUGCAUUUCCAGCCACCAUAACUUUGAACAUCAGAGAUUGCAGGACGAAACAGCAGAAUGAUUAAUGAUAGACACGUUGGAAAUACUAGUUUUCUUUUUUACUAUUGUUAAAACAUUAUAGAACUGUUUGUUGGAUGGUGUAGCAUAGCUUAUGUGUCGAGUUGCAAAUGUAUGUAUAUAUGUUUGAUUCAUGUUUGUAACAUUCUAGCACUUAGAAUGGAACAUUUCAUUCUUCAAAGGGAUCAGUAUUGUAAAACCCCCAUGUACUUUCUGUAAAAGUUGAAACAAGUCUCGUCUUUGUACAA